AUGAUAGUUUCUCAGUAUGAGGUCAUGCCUCAAGCAGUUCAGCUGGUUGAUCAGAUGGAGAAUCUAUGUGUUCGAUUUGUGUAUUUUUCGCGGGAAAACGAGCUCAGAAGUCGCGUGUUUGCGGAAAAACUAGGCUUGGAAGCUGGAUGGAACUGUCACGUCUCUUUGGCUGAAGUUUGUGAAGAUGGAAGAUCGCUGAAGGAUUUCUUCUUAUCUAAAGUCUAUCGCGGAAAUGGAGAGAGCAUGCAAAAGUCAUUCAAAAAGUCAAGAUCAGAACAACACCUGAAUCUGAAGUGUACUUCGUCCUAUGACCAAGAGUCACCGUUGGUCAAAAGACAGCAAAGUCAAGCGCCCUCCAAAGUUAUCGUGCUCCCAAAUAAAGCUCAGCUUCCAACGGGAAUAGCGGCUGUGCGACCUCAUCUGGAACAGGUUGAUAAUGUGCCUUUGCUGGUUAACCUCAUCACUGAUUGUACACCACAGGCAAAUCUAGAAAUGCUAGAAAUUAUGCAGGAGUACGGGGAAAUGGUGCUGGCCAUUGGGUCUUCACUGUCGGUUACAAACACAGACAUUUUUCUGCAAGUCAGUCCAAAUGCUUUUCCUCGUCUUUUAUAGAG